UGCAGCGACAACAUCAACUACGGGAUCCGCUUUGCCAAAGCCUUCGUGGACGCCAAGGAGAAGAAGGUGAAGGAUGCCCGGGCGCUGAUGAACCUACACAACAACCGCUGCGGGAGGAUGGCUGUGAAGCGGUUCCUGAAGCUGGAAUGCAAAUGCCAUGGGGUCAGCGGCUCCUGCACACUAAGGACUUGUUGGCUGGCCAUGUCAGAUUUCCGGAAAACGGGGGAUUACCUAAGGAAGAAAUACAACGGGGCCAUCCAGGUGACGAUGAACCAGGAUGGCACUGGCUUCAUGGUGGCCAAUAAGAACUUCAGGAAACCCACGAAAACAGAUCUGGUGUAUUUUGAGAACUCACCCGAUUACUGCGUGAUGGACAAGUCGGCAGGUAAAAUCCAAAGCUCCAGUCGCUGCCCAAAAGCAGCUUUUCCUCCCCUGAUGGGCCAGAAUCUCCCAACUGGCCCAGCCUGGCAGGGCUGCUCUGGGACCUGA